GAUUUUUUAAAUCUUUGGUGUGGUGAAAGCUUUUCUAUGCACUGCAUUCUCCUGUAACAGCCCCUGAAGCCAAAUGGUAUUUGAGUUGUCUUCUCAGCAAUAUUGCCAAUGGUGUUCCUCGAACUUUAGACCCAAGGGUGCCAUGAGCACACGCUGAUGGAGCUGUGGUACAAACACCGCAGACCAGGAAGUGGGAAGCAGCCGGAGGCGGCACAGGUGGGCGGGACCUGUAUUGGAGGCGGAGCGAGCGCUGGGGCGGUGCGAGCUGGCGGAACCCACGUGAGUGGGGUCGGUGUUGCGAAGGGAACUAGUCCGGGGUAGGACUUGGGUCCUUUGCCGCCCAGCUGGUUCCGGCCGGCGGGGGAAGAUGGCGGUGUCUGGGGCCGCGUCUCGGGAGCCGCUAGUGCACUGGUGCACCCAGCAGCUGCAGAAGACCUUCGGUCUGGAUGUCAGCGAGGAGAUCAUGCAGUACAUUUUGUCCAUUGAGAGUGCCGAAGAGAUCCGGGAAUAUGUGACUGACCUCCUCCAGGGAAACGAGGGCAAGAAAGGCCAAUUCAUAGAAGAUCUUAUAACCAAAUGGCAAAUGAAUGACCAGGAAUUCGUUUCUGAUCCUUUGCAGCAGUGCUUCAAAAAAGAUGAAACUUUGGAUGGGCAGAGAUCAGGAGACCAGCUAAAGCGGGGUAGGCGGAAAGGAAGAAACAAACAGGAAGUUCCUGCCAUUGCUGAACCUGACACAACCGUAGAUGUCAAAACACCUUUUGACUUGGCCAAGGCACAAGAGAAUAGUAGCUCGGUAAAGAAGAAGACAAAGUUCGUCAACUUAUACACAAGAGAAGGACAAGACAAGCUUGCAGUCCUGCUUCCUGGCCGCCACCCUUGUGAUUGCCUGGGCCAGAAGCACAAGCUCAUCAAUAACUGUCUGAUCUGUGGGCGGAUUGUCUGUGAACAAGAGGGUUCUGGGCCCUGCUUAUUCUGUGGCUCUCUGGUGUGUACUCAGGAAGAACGAGAUAUUUUACAGCGUGACUCAAACAAGAGCCAGAAGCUGCUAAAGAAGCUCAUGUCAGGGGCAGACAGUUCUGGAAAGGUGGACAUCUCCCCUAAGGACCUUCUUCCUCAUCAAGAAUCUCGAAUCAAGUCUGGACUGGAGAAGGCUAUCAAGCAUAAAGACAAACUGUUAGAGUUUGACAGAACUAGCAUCCGAAGGACCCAAGUCAUUGAUGAUGAGUCAGAUUACUUUGCCAGCGACUCUAACCAGUGGUUGUCCAAAAUUGAGCGGGAAACCCUGCAGAAGAGAGAAGAGGAGCUGAGAGAACUUCGACAUGCCUCUCGACUUUCUAAGAAAAUCACCAUUGACUUUGCCGGCAGGAAGAUCCUGGAAGAAGAAAACCCACUAGCAGAAUAUCACAGCAGACUAGAUGAGACCAUACAGGCCAUUGCCAGUGGAACCCUGUACCAGCCACUGAUGAGAUCGGGUAGAUAUUCUGAAGAGCCUUUGGGAGUUCUGGUAAACCCCAACCUGUACCAGUCCCCUCCACAGUGGGUCGAUCAUACAGGUGCCACCUCACAGAAGAAAGCUUUCCAUUCAGCAGGAUCGGGGCUAGAGUCCAGCCUGUAUCAGCACCAACUGAGGAUCCAGGAUGAAGAAUUCCAGGAGGGCUUUGAUGGUGGCUGGUGCCUCUCUAUGCAUCAGCCCUGGGCUUCUCUGCUUGUCAGAGGGAUUAAAAGGGUAGAGGGCAGAUCCUGGUACACCCCCCACAGAGGGCGACUUUGGAUAGCAGCCACAGGCAAAAAACCCUCCCCUCAAGAAAUCUCCGAACUCCAGGCUACGUACCGUCUUCUGCGUGGGAAAGAUGUGGAAUUUCCCAGUGACUAUCCUUCAGGUUGCCUGCUGGGCUGUGUGGACCUCAUGGAUUGCUUGUCCCAGAAACAAUUUAAGGAUCAGUUUCCAGACAUCAGUCAAGAAUCUGAUUCUCCAUUUGUUUUCAUCUGCAAAAAUCCCCAGGAAAUGAUUGUGAAGUUUCCUAUUAAAGGAAAUCCAAAAAUCUGGAAACUGGAUUCCAAGAUCCAUCAAGGAGCAAAGAAGGGGUUAAUGAAGCAGAAUAAAGCUGUCUAAUCCAGAGAAAAGGAGCCAUGCAGCAUAAUGGAGUUUUGUGUACUAAAAUUGCUAUCUACUGGUCUUUUGGCAUUGAAAUAGUAGAAAUCUAAAGGCCUGGCAUCAGGCUUGAAUCUCAGAAUUUAAACUCUUACCAAAAAUCUGUAUAUUUUUCUUAAAGAAUGGGCUUCUUUGUGUAGUGGGUCAAAAUCUUUGAAUAUAUUAUUUAUAAAAAUUUAUUUUAAAAAUACAGGUCUUUGACAUUUUUCUCACAAUGGUAUUAGAGAAAGGAACAAAUUUCUGUGAUUUGUAUUUGUGGCUAGGAAAAUUAUUAACCUAGAUUAAUGAUUUCUUCUGUGGAAUUCCUUGGGUUUAAAGUUUCUUUUCAAAGUGAUAGUAGAGUGAAAUUUUAGGAUGUUUGAGGAAUCCUGUGUUUAAUACAACCCUGUUUUGGAACAAAA